CAAGCGCGACCGCCACCACCCGCCGGCGGUCCAGGGCCGAGCCCUUCGCGCACCCCCCGCGCGCGCAAUGCAGCGCCCUGCGGCUGCCGCCGCCUCGGCGCUGGCGCUGCUGCUGGCGGCCCUGCCCUCCGCCAGCGGUGGCCUGACGCACCUGCGGGCGAAGGAGCCCGAGGCGGCGGUCGCGAUGGCCGCGGUGGAGGGCGACGCGUGCCCGCCGGACGAGUGCCCAGGGGCUGGUACGAGCGGUUCCACACCAUCGUCUGCAAGACGGAGGAGACCUGCGGGUGCGCCGACACUCUGUGCAAGCUCGACUGGUGUGCCGAGUAUGUCCACGAGUGGAAGAAGGAGUUCGGCGCCUGCUUGCUGAAGGGCUGCAAGCCUUAAGCCCGCGCCCGCGCCCGCUCUUGCACGGCCAUGCCUCGCUCGGAGGCGCCAAAAGGAGCUCCCGAUGCGCUCUCGGUUGCGUGUUAUGCAUUUGGGUGAGUUGUAGAUUUCGCUUAUGUUGUAGCACUGCCUCGCUUCCUCAUGUUUCACACGCGUCCGAAUCGACCCCAUUCGGCCAUACAGAAUACCCCGACGCCUUCUUGCGGUCGGUUGCAUGCGAUGGGCCUCUCACGCCCCUCUUCGCCCCUGCUCGGCCGAGGAGAA